CCCAACCCAACCAAAGUCAGCACAAUAAAUUCUACUCACUUUCCUUUUUCUUUUCUUCUUCUUCUUCUUCUUCUUCAGGCGGGUACUCUGACCGAGGAAUUCCGUUUGGCUUCAUUACCACCAAUUAUUCCCCUCACAGAAAAAAAUCAGAGAGAAGAGAGAGAGACAAUGUACAAGUCGAAACUACAGGAAUUAUGCCAGAAGAACCAUUGGACUCUUCCAACGUACACAUCCACCAAGCAAGGCCUUGAUCACAACCCAAGCUUCUCCGCUACUGUCGUUGUCAAUGGCCAAUCAUUCCACACCUCCGCUUCUUCCAAAUCCUCCAAAGAAGCCCAAAACGACGCUGCUAGGGUUGCCUUCAACCAUUUCUCUCCCACCGAUGAUCCUCUGCUUCCUCCUAUUCCCAACGCUUCCUCUUUCCCUCAACCCUACUUCCUCUCCUCCUCCAUCGGUGCAAUUACUGAUGUAGAAACUAUACAUGGAGUUGGGCUAGGGCAGACCUUUCAGCAAACACCUCAGGAAGAUGACAAAACAUCAUCGAGUGUCAAUCCUCAAACCAUUGGAAGUACAACAUUUCUUGUCAGUCAAAAUAAAUUUAGAGAUGUGCAACAUGUGUACAAGAGUCAUCUGCAAAUGUACACUCAGAAAAAUAAGCUUAUUGCUCCUUCAUACACUUCUGAGCGGGAAGGUCCGCCACAUGCUAGUCGAUUUAAGUGUAGAGUAACAGUUGAUGGAAAAAUAUUCGAGUCACCGGAAUUUCACUCUACCUUAAAAGAGGCUGAACAUGCAGCUGCAAAAGUUGCUUUGAUGUCAUUGUCUCCUGAUGUGGUUCAAAAGGAUGAUGCUACCUUCCACAAGAAUCUCUUGCAAGAACUGGUUCAGAGAAAAGGUCUCCAUCUACCAACAUAUAGCACGGAAAGAUUUGGUGAACCUCAUUGCCCGGUUUUUGUUUCAACCGUUGAGAUAGAAGGAAAGCGUUUCAGUGGAGAAAAAGAGAAAACGAAAAAGUUAGCUGAAACAAGUGCAGCGAAGGCUGCAUACAUUGCUUUGAAAGAGGGUAAAUCGAGUGUGGGUCUUCCCAUUCUGUCUUCUUCCCAACAAGUACAUGAAGCUCAAAAUCUAUUAUCUCCCUGCUCAAAAUCUAAUGUUUCAGUUAAUGUCACGACUGAUAUGCGGACGAACUUAAGUUCCACUACAAUCCCUGUGCAAGCUGAAGAUCAGACAGGACAAUACAACAAAAUUCAAAUCUUUUAUGUAUACAUUCCAGUAUGUAUACCAUUGGAAGCAAGGCAUGAAAUAGGUGUGUUUUUAAAGAAGAUUGGAAGAGAAGUGAGAGGUGAAUUUUACAUGGUUAAUAACAAUGGUAUGUUUGAUCAUGUUAAUAACAAUAUUAAUCAACAAUUAGAAGUAAUGGAAUUGGGAUUAGGAAGAGAAUUCCACAUAAGCUUGGGAAGAACUGUGUUCUUUAAUCAUAAUGACAGUAACCACUUUCAUUCACUUCUUCCUAUGCUGCAACACAAGCUUAAUCAUCAAACGAGGUAUUGGAUUGAUUUUAGUAAGUGGGAGGUUUUUGUUAAUGACCAACGUACUCGUACUUUCUUGUCCUUAGAAGUUACUUCUACUGGUUUGGCAGAGAUAAAAAAGCAAAUUGAAGCAGUCAAUGAAGUUUAUAAGUUUCAUGGUCUUCCUGAAUAUUAUGAGGAUCCACAGCCUCAUAUAUCCUUAGCUUGGAUAAUGGGUGACUAUAGCAACUUCUUAAAGAAAGUGAUUCAAAAGGAAUGGAGAUUAUUUAAUGGAGGGUCAAAUAAAAAUUGCAUAUUUACAAGUAGAUUUAAUGGUAUUGCUUGCAAAAUUGGUAAUAAAACCUACCAAAUAUGUAAAUAUGAAGACAUGUAAAAAAUGGGAAGAAUCCAAAAAAUGGUAUGAAAGAAUUUUCAAAACAGAUCAAAUGUGUAUUAUAACUAUAAUGUAGAUUGUGAUAUAGAAAAAUUGUACCAACAAAAAUAGUGUCCCUACUAUAGUCUUUGUCCUAUAUAUUGUGUAUUGAAGUGUGAUAUUAUCACCAAUAAUCUCCACAAGAGCAAAUGCCAUCUUCAAACUUGUGAAACCUAUUUGCAUCUCUUACCAAAAACACCACCUUCAAAACCUUUGACAACCCCUUAAUGAACACAUGACAAUCCCCACAUACUCUCAAGUUCUUGAAAAUUCGAAUCGUUUUCUUCUUCUUCUUCUCAUCCUCAUCCUCUUCCAAUCCACCACGAACCAAUGCUAACCCGAUUGCCAGCUUCUCGCUGUGCAUUCGCAAGCUCUCUUCCUUAGACUCGUCUUCUACAUCAUGUAAUGCAAAUCUCAAUCCGGGGAUGUAUCCCAUUUCAGCUCUCAUUCUCUUCUCCAUUUCCUUCAAAGCUUCAUGAAUCUGUUCUAUAAGUGGGUGAGAAUCAUCUCCAUUGUAGAAAAAGUGAACCUCUUUUUCGAUCUCCACCCAACUACGCCCCGCCUCUUUCUUCAAUCCCUUUCUCUUCACCACUUGUCUUAAUCUCUCACAUUCUUUCCAGCAGCCUGCGUCGGCUAAGAUGUUCGAUAACAUAACAUAGUUGACUGUGUUAUCACCAUCCAAUCUCAUUAGUAUCUCACCAACCUCUCUACCUAACUCCACAUCUCCAUGAACUCUGCAAGUACUAAGCAAUGUUUGCCAUAUCCCUGUGUUUGGUUUUAAAGGCAUGUUCUCGAUGAGAUUCUUCGCUUCUUUCAAUUGUCCAGCCCGGCCAAGGAGAUCAACUAUGCAAGCAUAAUGCUCUACUCUUGGUUUAACUCUUCUGUCACGACGCAUUCUUGAAAAUAACUCUUGGCCUUGUUCGAUAAGUCCCGAGUGGCUGCAAGCUGAGAGCACAGCCAAGUAAGCUACCCCAUCAGGCUCUACAUUUUCGAGUUGCAUUUUGUUGAACAAACUUACUGCUUCCAUUCCAAGACCAUGUUUUCCGAAGCCUGUGAUCAUAACAGUCCACGAAACAACAUUCUUCGUAACCAUUUCAUCGAAAAAUCUUUUUGAUUCAUCUAUAGAACCACACUUGAGAUACAUAUCUAGAAUCGAAUUGGCUACUGAUACGUCUAAACCAGAUGGGAUUUUAGUAGCAAGAGCAUGGAUUUGCUUGCCUUGUUCCACAAGUGCAAAAUCAGCGAAAACUCCCAUAAGACUUGAGAGAACAAAUCCAUCUAUUUCAUGGUUUAUGCUUCCUCUUAACUGCCUAAACAACUCCAUUGCCUCUUCUACAUUUCCUUCUUGAGCAUAACCAAGAAUCAAUGAACUCCAUGAUAUAAUGUUCUUCUCUUCAAUUUGCUCAAACACUUUCCGAGCAUCGAAUAAUCGUCCACAUUUUACAUAGAGAUCAACUAAAGCACCAGCAAUGGUGGCCUGAAUUUGACAUGGGAAAGUUAAACCUCUUGUGAUUAAGCUACCAUGAAUUUGAUUUCCUUGCUGAAUUGCCCCAAGACCACUACAAGCCUUAAGUGUACUAGUAUAGGUAUGCUCAUCAGGAACUUCACUCUCCUGCAUUUCCCUAAACAAAACCAAAGCCUUUUCACCAUUCCCUUCAAGUGUGUAGCCACUAAUCAUUGCAUUCCAUGUUAUAAGAUUCCGAAAAGGCAUUUCAUCAAACACCUUCGCUGCAUCUUUAACUCUUCCACAUUUAGCAUACAUAUCCAUUACAGAAUUCCCCACCACAAUAGCCAAAUCAAAACCAGAUUUGACACACAACUCAUGAAUCUGCAUACCAUACUCAGCAACACCCAAAAUCCCCGACGCCUUAAGACUCGUCGAGAAAGUGAACUCGUUCGGUUUAGAAUUCGAAACUCCCAACAUUUGAUUAAAGACAGAUAAACAUUUCUGGGCAUUUCCAUUUUGUAAGUAAACACACAUUAGAGAAGUCCAAGACACUUCAUUUCUUUCAGACAUUUUCUCAAACACUUUAUAGGCCAAACCAGUUCUACUACAUUUUCCGUACAUAUCUAUGAGAUCAUUGCUCAGCAUUAAGUCAGACCCAAAUCCCAUCUUCAUCAACGCCGCGUGAGCCUGAAACCCUUUAUCGAGUAACUUUCUCUUCGAACAAUUCCUAAGAAAGUUAGCCAAAAUCUGCCUUUGAUUCAUUUCGUAAAAGAAAAUUAAAAAUCCAAGCUUUAUCCAAUAUCCAUCGAAUUCGAUAAUGUCAACGAGAAUAUUGGAAAAUUCAUUCGUGCCCGCGUUGACAAACUGUACGAACUUGAAGGAAUUGAAGAAAAUCCAUGCCCAUGUAGUCAAAUUCUCGCUAUCGCAGAGCAAUUUCUUGGUUACAAAAAUGGUAGAUUUUUGUGAAAAAAUUUCAGAAGUUGAGUACGCGAGUUUGUUAUUCGGAAAAGUGAUUCAACGAAACGUUUUUUUGUUUAACGCAAUGAUCAAAGUCUAUACACAUAGCUACAAGUACGAUCUAGCUUUGGUUCUCUACAAGGAAAUGGUCAGAGAUAUAAACCCUAAAAAUCCCAUUUUUCCUGACAGGUUCACUUUCCCAUUUGUGAUCAAAUCUUGUGGAGGAUUGCUCUGUAUCAAUUUGGGUAGACAAAUUCAUUGCCAAGUUUGUAAAUUUGGGCCAAAUUCCCAUUC